CUCUUUCUGUCAUUUCUUUCUGUUAAUCUCAUUUUGGCUGCCCUCAAUUCAGUAAACCUUUCCUUCACUCUCAGAAUCGAGGUCUCUUGAUGCUGGGCAUAUGCACGCAGCUACAGACAUCGCUAAGGUCCAUACAAAUGUUCACGCCGCCAAGCAACCGUACACACAUGCGUACCUACACACACGCAAGUUUGUUUGUAACGUCGGCAGCGCCGGCUACACGUCAAUCAACAAUGGGUCCACGAGUUCAGGUCGGAGUCGCAAGGGGUUGGCCAACAAAACAGGACCGGUAUGCGAUGAAGACACUUUUCACGAUUUGAUAAGAUCACCGGCGCCCACUGGCCUCAUGUCAAGCAUGGUACCUUUACCAUCGGCCCAAUCGACGAUACCGACUGCCUACGGCCUGUCGCCUCCACUUUUUUCUGUGAAUCAAGCGCCAGACAUGGCUUGAUUGCAGUUCACUCCGAAAAGCAUUCAUACGGCUAGUCCUUAUCAGACUGGGCGGCGAGCCCAACCUGGCACAUCGCUUCAUCCUCUCACCAGCAUUCCCGACAGGAUUCGAAUUGUGAACGGCCGCCAGACAUGCGGAGCGGGAUUCCGAGGUUCUCAAAAAAGAGGUGCUCGAACGGCGUCGUGCAUCGCUUUUAAACGCCUGCUCGCCGUGAGGCUCAACGGAGAGACGCGUUUGUCUCGGAGCUUGCACAUGCGCGAUUCGAGCCCCGCCGAGAAGCUGCAGGUCGAGCCUGUAUUCCAGUCUUUUUGGAAGGAUCUGCGCGAUGACUGUCAAAUCGAGGGCAAACCCUCUCUACACUUUCUGUAA